CUGAAGAUCGAGUCAGGGGUGCAAGCGCGGCGGGGUGCGAUGCGAGGCAAAUCGAGCCUUUGCACUCGGUGGAGAUGCUCUGAGUAUUAAUUAAAAGUUAAAAUAUGAUGCAAUUAAUCCUUUUAUUUAUUUAUCUAGAAAGAAAAGUAGUAUGAAAUGUCCGGUAAAUUUUGUGAAAAGUACCAACAACGCUGCAUGGUGAUGAAAUUUAAUAAAAAGGGAUAAUAAAGGUGCGAUUCCACGCAAAACAGAUUUACAUAUGUCUUCUUCUUGUCGAGUCAAAAUCAUACGCUAAGGCGUCUUAAUUCUAUCUUCGAAAUUUUUAAAACGUGUACAUUCAUCAUUCUAUAGUUUCCAAACAUAGAAUUAAAUACGGAUUUAGAUGUAAUUAUAUGUGUAAAUAAUUUCUUUGAUUGUGGUAAAAAUUCCCAAAAUAUGAAAUGUUACAAUUAAUGUAGUACUAAACGAUUUUAUAUUGGUAAGGAAUUUUCACAGGUUAUUAUUAUGAGUGGCCGUAGGCCGUAGAGUAGCUAAUGACCUCUUUCUCUCUCUACAAUUUAAAGCAGAGAGAGAGAGAGAGAGAGAAUCUGAUGCCAGCGAUGAAGUAGAAGGAUGAAAGGUUUCUCUGUGAGGCCAAAGCUGGCAUUUGUUGUUUAAAGCCCCUAUCCUCCUCUUCUCUCCUAUUUACUUGCCUCACUCUCUCUCUUCUUCAUUUCUCUCAGAUUUGCAGUUCCUCCCUCUCCAUAAGAGGGUAAAUCCUCAUUAAAAUGUGACUACUUUUUCACCCAUAUAUAACACAGCCGCAGCCGGAGCCAGUUCUUCACGGUUAAUUCUUCCAAUCCACCAAUGGCUGUAGCAUCUACAUCUUCCACCACCGCCGCCGCCGAGAAGAAACACUGGUGGCUCACCAAUAGAAAGAUUGUGGAGAGAUACGUGAGGGAAGCGAGGAUGUUGAUCGCGACGCAGGAGCAGAGCGAGAUUGCGGCGGCGCUCCGCCUCCUCGAAGCGGCGCUGGCUGUCGCGCCGCGCAUGGAGGUGGCGCUCGAGCUUAAGGCACGGAGCCUGCUGUACCUCCGCCGGUUUAAGGAGGUGGCGGACAUGCUUCAGGACUACAUUCCUAGUCUGAAAAUGGUGAUCUCCGACGACGCGUCGACCACCGGCUCGUCCGAUAACUCCUCGACUCAGCUGUCUAGGGAACGAGUCACGCUCCUUUCCUCCGGCGGCGGGUCCGAGCCGGCGUGUACAUGCUUCUCUGUCUCGGAUUUGAAGAAGAAAGUUAUCACCGGUUUAUUUAAGAACGUGGAGGAAGCUGGUCAAUGGAGGUACUCGGUGUUAGGCCAAGCAUGCUGCCACCUAGGUUUAAUGGAGGACGCAUUGGUGCUCCUGCAGACCGGAAAACGCAUGGCCACCGCCGCGUUCCGCCGCGAGAGCAUUUCUCUCUCCGACGACAUCUUCUCUUCCAACAAGCACCCGCUCUCCGGCGAGAAUCACCAGCCGGAGAGGCCUCCGAAAACCGAAUUCGAGAGCAUCUCACACCUCCUCUGCCACAUCAAACUCCUAAUCCGCCGCAAGACGGCCGCGAUCGCAGCCCUCGACGCCGGACUCUACUCCGAAGCCGUCAGGCACUUCUCGAAAAUCCUCGACGGCCGCCGCGGCGCGCCGCAGGGAUUUCUGUCGGAGUGCUACGUCCACCGCGCCUCCGCCUUCCGAUUGGCCGGGCGAAUAGCGGAGGCCAUCGCGGACUGCAACAGAGCCCUAGCGCUGGACACAUCAUGCAUCGACGCGCUCGCCAUUAGAGCGACAUUGUUCGAAUUGAUAAGGUGCUUGCCGGAUAGCCUCCACGACCUGGAGCAUUUGAAAUUAUUGUACAAUUCGAUUUUGCGCGACAGGAAAUUGCCAGGCCCUGCUUGGAAGCGGCAGAACGUUCAAUACAGAGAAAUUCCGGGCAAAUUGUGCUCAUUGGCGGCAAAAAUCCAGCAGCUGAAGCAGCGGCUGGCCGCCGGCGAAACAGGAAACGUCGAUUAUUACGCCUUGAUCGGAUUGAGGAGAGGUUGCUCCAGAUCGGAAUUGGAAAGAGCUCAUUUGCUGCUCAUGCUGAGACACAAGCCUGAUAAAUCUUGGAAUUUCAUCGAUAAAUGCGAAUUCGCGGAUGAGAAGGACGUGGAUUCAGUGAGAGAUCGGGCGAAAAUGUCGGCGUUGCUGUUGUACAGAAUGAUUCAGAGGGGGUAUAGUAGUUUAAUGGCGACGAUUUUGGAGGAUGAGGCGGCAGAGAAGCAGCGGAAGAAGGCGACGGAGGUGGCAGAGGUUUCUGCCGCGGUUGCGGCGUCGUUUCAAGGAGUGUUUUGCCGGGAUCUUGCAACGGUUGGGAGUUUGCUUUCCCAAACCGGGUUCAAUAAUCCGAUCCCGGUGAAAUACGAGGCACUGAGUUGUUAAUUAAUAGUAAUACACUUGAACUUGAGGGGCAUUGAUGAUGAAGGAUAACGAUCAUAACGUAAUCUAGUACUACAAAAGAAGAUGCAAUGCAAGGGACUAAUUUCUCGUGGGCGGGACAAAUUUUGCUUAGAUUUAUCAUAUUUUGUGUUUGCAAAACAAUAUUGGUAUAAUUCUAUUUUGGUAUAUGUACAGAUUUUAUCUGAAUGAUGAUAGCUCAUAUAAAAUUCUAGUUUGGAGCAA